CUAUAGGGGGAGCUCCAAUAUAAUGUUUCAAAUUUUGCACUCUCAAAUCUAAAGCACUACAGCCUACUGUAGAAAAUUAGAAAUGCAUUCAGAUUUAGCACAAUCAGAGAGUAAUACGGUUGAAAGACUAGUUUGAAAGCACAUUUUGAUAAAGUUGUUUGAAGUAGGCUACAGAUUAGUGGGCAGAUCGCCUCUAUUUUCAGCAGUGAACUGUUGCUGCUGAAUGAGAGCAUGGACAACAGUGAAUUUAUUAUAAUUUAAGGCUGGGGGAAAAUAGAACCAGCUACCUUAACAUAACAUUUGAAUCAAAUCCAAUUACUUGAAAUUACUUGAAAUUAAAUUGCACGCCCCUGUUCUCAAUCAACCAAUUAGCGCUGCAAGAAGGCGACUGUUUAAAUCCCAGCAGGAAGAACUUGGACCGGUUUCAUGGCUCCAGGAUGGAGGGGUUCCUGCCCACGUUUCCGCCAUACAAUGUCUGCGGUACCCCGGUCUGCGUUUCCCCAGCUCAGGACAGCAGCUGGGGAAAGAGAGAGUGCCGCUUCAUGACCCCCCAGGGCCUCAACUACCUGGAGCUCUGCAAGGUCAACCUGUCUCAGGUCAACCCCAGUUUACUCUCUCCACUCAAGAGAGCAAACACCAAGGAGUGCGGCGUGCAGGUCAACGCCAAAGUGGAUAAAAUCGUCCAGUGCUCGCUGGGUCCCAAAACGCUGUUCUGCUUGGAGGGCGACCACCCCGCGUCCUCAAAGUCCCCCAAGAGCCCGGAUCUGUUUAAACCGCCCCUGAAGGCGCCGUACACACCGCCGGUGAGCAACCUGCGCUUCUUGAGGCCCGUUUCCAUCUACUCGCCGGUGUUUGACCGCAGGAUCUUCAUGAAGAAACUCUGCGAUGACGGUGGAAGUGAAGGAGAAGCUGAAGCCGCCGAACAAGCCGAGUCCGACAAGGAUGCUGAGGCGGAUCAAAGCGGUGAGGACACAGCGAAGGACUUCAAGACAACUUUCCAUCGGUCUUCAAAGGGGUCCAGCUUUCAGUUCCUGGAGCAGAGGUAUGGCUUUUUCCACUGCAAAAAGUGUAACAUCCGGUGGGAGAGUGCUUAUGUGUGGUGCAUCUCAGGAACCAGUAAGGUGUACUACAAGCAGCUCUGCCGGAAGUGUCAGGUGGGGUUUAACCCCUACAGAGUGGAGUCCAUCCUCUGCAAGGGUUGCUCUCAGACUUGCUGCAGCUGUGAGAAGAAGCAGAGGCACAUUAACAUGAAGAGGCCUCACCGCCAGGACCUGUGUUGUCGCUGCAAGGGCACGAGGCUGUCCUGUGACGCCACUUACAGCUUCAAAUACAUUGUCUGAGCUGCCCUGCGUGUUCGCUCUGGUCUGGAAUCGCCCAUCCCUCAUGUGGAUCUGAUGGCACAUGCCAUCAAGGUCAUGGCAGCAGACCUAUACAUGUCUUAGAUGGAAGUUGCCUCCAGUAACACUUGAAGAGAUUCUUUAUUCUCCUACCAGCGAGUAGAUGAAUCUCGGCCUUGGUUGUUUAUUUGAAGCAACUUCUCAAAUGCUGUCUUUGUGUCCCUUCAUUAAUCCUUGUGCUUAACUAAACAUGAAAAAUAUUUUUGUAAGAAGAAAUGAAAUAAAGUUUAUGAAAAACC